CUUUUCCCCGAAUCCGUCCAUCCACGCAUUCCAUGUUCCCCCCUCUUGCUCUUUCGCAUUCUCUUAUCCCCUUGAACUCUCCUCUUGAUUCUUCUCAUUAUUGCCCGCGCCAUGGAGGGCUUUGAUACCAUGGCCAUGCCGCCCUAUCUGGCCAGUCCGCUGUCCCUCGGCAAUCUACAGGGCGACUAUCUCAAUGCCAUGCCCGGGCUCGAUCUUCCCGAUCAUCGCUCCAACUUCGAUUCCGAGACCUUUGUCAGUGAUGAACUCACCUUUCCUCAAAGUAAUCUGCCGCACUCGUUGAAACGGUUUCCCUCGGGCUACGAUGACCCUUUCACCGAGAUGGUCACUCCGUUCGACCCGGUGCCUCCGGAGCAGCCUCAAGAUUCGUCCAUCGAUCACAAUAAUAAGCUACUGAGUUUCUCGCUGCCGGCCUAUCACUUCACCCUCCUGGACUACUCGAUGCGACGCACUUCUCUGUCCGUGUCGGCUCAGUUGCAUGGCAUGUUCUUCCUGGCCGAGUCACCCUAUACGACUUCUCCCUCCGAGAACGCUCCGCCGCAGCAGGGCGCCGAGUUGACUUGCUACCGCCGUAACCUGUUCCAGAUCACCGGCUCCGUCACCUUGCCACGAGGCAUGCGGUAUAUCAUGACCGAUCAGGGCGAUCGAAUCCCCAUCCUCGCCCAGGAACUGACCGUUUCCGCGACCGAGUCGGUAGAGGGUAACCCGGUGAAGAUUAUUUCCGUGCCGUGGAAGACACCCUCUGCGGCAGCGGCCAACUCCGGCUCGGCUCUAGAGGAUAGCGGCACCAGUAACGCCGCCAAGAUCGAGAAGGAGCCUCCACCGAUUCCCCUCGAUAUCAUGGCCGGCCAGGACCUGGACACCGACUAUGCAACCUUCCCCAUUGCGUGGAAACGCCUGCAGUUCCGCGUGGCAACCGCCAACAACGGACGCCGCAAGGAGCUACAGCAGCAUUUCGUCGUUCGGCUCAAGGUUGUUGCAACCCUGUCCACCGGUGCGAAGAUCGCCAUAUCAGAGGUGCAGUCGGGACCCGUUAUCGUUCGUGGCCGCAGCCCACGUAAUUUCCAGUCUCGCAAGGACCUUCCACUGAGCGGCAGUGCGGCCGCAUCACGAAAGAACCAGGCCAACUCGGUGGCAGCGCUCAACCGCACGCCAACCAACGAGUCCGUGACGCGUCGCGCGAGCGUCACCCCAGCGAAGAACAAGGCACCGUCCGGAACAGUACAGAGCAGCUCCCCCGAGACCACCUCGGUCCCUCCUCCGACUCUCAUGCAGCAGCCCCGUGCGACACCCGACUGGACCCCGAUCCCGCAGUCCACGUCCAACGUCAUGUCCCACGGCCACCAGUCCCUCUUCCCUCACUCCAGUCCCGAACAACUAUCACAGGCAGACCAGCACCGCCGUGUCAGUAACACGGCUUCCGCUGCGGCGCCGAUUAAUCUGUCUCUGCUGGACGAGGAAGAUACCGGGGAUGCAGGGCUUCAGCUCGAUCAAAAAAUCCUGCCGCCGUACACCAGUGAGCCACCUCAUCAAAGAUCCAUCAGCAUGGACCAAACGGCACCGCCAGCCAAGAUGCGCAAGCUAUCCCACGCCGUCUCCCAGACCCCGUCUCGAAGCGCCACUUCAUCACUGCCGCUGCUGGAGACUGCCCAUCUGCCACAACAAUUCGUGUCCUCGCUGCCGUUCCCGAACGAGAGUACUGAUUUCCUCUACGAGUACUUCCCCCUCGGACUCGACGACUGGCAGGCGCCCGUUGAUGCUGUCUAUCGACCCCAUGUGGUACAUCAUACGAACAUGCCCGAGAUGAAAUUUGUGGCCUCCAGGGGUCGCAGCAAGCGGUAUUUCGCCGCCGAGGAUGUCUUCUAA